CUAAACCUUUUUUGUCAUUUACUGUUAACCACGCUGUUAGUAAAAUAUGUGAGUAAUAUAUUUGUUGACAUUUAUACGGAAUGUAAGCGAUCCAGUGCUAUUAGUGCUUAGAUGAUAAGAGUUCGACAAGAUUCAAGGAACUCUUGAAAGUAGAAGUGCUUAUAUUUGACGAAUCAAUUUUAUUGGAAAGAAGACAUUUAUUUGUCGCGAGGAACGACACUCUUACUUAUAGUGACCAAGUCAUUUGCAUGUGCUUUAUUUACUGAUAAAAUUUAAGCGGUUAUUCACAUCUUUUUAUAAAGAAGUAAAAAUUGGCUUGUUUGUUUAAUUUUGCGAAGCGUAUAAUUUUGUGUCAGAGGGCACAAGUAGUAGCUGUCUAUGGAUUAUUAAUAUGAUUUUCGCUUAGAUCAAUGUACAACAUGAAGAUUAUACAAUGUUAAUGUCACUUUUUGAACAUGUUGUAUCUCUUACGAGGCGUAAUUAAAGAUGAAAGAUAAUGAUGUACUAAGUGACACAUCAUCGCCAAUAAUGGAUUUAACGGUAGAUCCAGUUAGGAAAAAAUUUCCAUUCUGCAUCGUGUGGACUCCAAUACCUUUCUUGACAUAUUUCUUUCCCUUUAUUGGUCAUAUGGGCAUUGGAACAUCUUCUGGCAUAAUAAGAGACUUUGCUGGUCCUUAUCAUGUAUCUGAAGAUAAUAUGGCAUUUGGACAACCUACAAGAUAUUUGCAAUUAAAUUACCAAAAUGCUAGAGGAGGUAUUCAAGGUUGGGAUUCAGCAGUGGCAGAAGCUAGUGAAAAAUAUAAAGGGCGGAUGCAUAACUUAUGUCUUGAUAAUUGCCAUUCUCAUGUUGCUACAGCAUUGGAGUUAAUGAACUACAAAAAUCAAAGGUGGAACAUGAUAAAAUUAGCAUGUAUCCUUUUUAUAUGUGGUCGUUUUGUUAGCUUCUGUGGAGCAGUUAAGACAUUCUUACCAUUUCUCCUAAUUGUUACAUGUAUUACUGUUCUUUACCUUUUUCUAUGAAUGAAACUGCUACAGUAUCUUCCCAAGUCUUGUCAUCUUUUAUUGAUCAUAAGGCCACAGACAUAUAAUACAUAUUAUUACUAUUAAUAGUCUUCUUUCUUUAUAUGGUAUGUUUUUAUUGACCAAUUCCCAAUCAACGUUGUAUAAUAUUUGUUAUUUUUAAAUAAAUUUCAAUAAUUACAUUGAA